AAAAUGGCGGACAAUUUGUGAAAUGUGUUGUGUAAUUACAAGAAAUAUCAUCAUUGUAAGGGAACAUUGCCGUCAUGUCACAUUUGCUAAGGAGGUCGGUCAGAAAGGGAAUAGGAGGACUUUAUUUAUGUCGGAAUAAAUGCAACUCUGCAGAGGAAUCUCAACUGCAUUGGAACGAAGCUUAUUUUAAUGGAGUGACCGUGAAUUUGGACCAGCUGGGAGAGCAAUGUAGCCCUGGGGAAUUUUCUGUGAAAUUAACGAGAAGUAUCCAACAGUGGAGAAAAGAGAGAAAGAAGUCUGUGUGGAUGAAAGUGCCAAUCGUUCAGAGUUACUUGAUACCAGUGGCAUUUGAACAUGGCUUCAGUUAUCACCAUGCUGUUGGAGACCAUGCUAUGCUGUUAAAAUGGCUUCCAAAAAAGGAGCACAAUAAAGUUCCACCCUAUGCCACCCAUCAAGUUGGAGUAUCAGGUCUUGUUCUUAACAGGGAAAAAAAUGAAGUUUUAGUAGUCCAGGACAAGAACUUGCUCAAGAUUGGCCGGCGCUUAAAAAGACCAGUUUGGAAAUUUCCUGGAGGACUCUCAGAUGAAGGAGAAAGUAUUGAGGAAACAGCAGUGCGUGAAGUCUGGGAAGAGACAGGAAUACGAGCAGAAUUCAAAUCCAUUCUGCUCUUCAGACAACAGCACAAAAUGAAGAAUGCUUUUGACAAGUCUGAUGUUUAUGUUGUGUGUAGAAUGGAACCAUUAAGCUUUGGCAUUAGUCAUUGUGAGGACGAGAUUGCACAGUGUCAGUGGAUGGAACUAUCAACUCUCCUUACCCACACAGACACCACUCCAUUGACAAAAUUAGCAGCAAGGUUAGCAAAACAUGGACUGAAGAAUGGAUUUGAAAGUGUUGACAUUGUGGCAAAUAGUAUGAGGUCUUGGGUGAAUCCAAGUCAAACAUUCAGCCUUUUUCACAGAUAUAUGCCAAGCUAACAACUGAAUCUUGCUUUUAUGAAUUUUUUUUACCAUUUUUUUCAUUUGAGUAUUGGGUGAGACAGAUGCUGGUAAUUAUUGUUGAAUUUGUGCAAACAAUUUUAUUUCAAUUUCAUCGCUUGUAAGUCUUAAAACAUAUUUUAAAUGAAGUUUGUCUAGUUCAUUGGACAAAAACAAAGAAUCUCCCAGUUUCAAACAAGGAUGUGUGUCAUAAAAAUAUUAAUUAUAGAAUGUAAUAAUUUCACAAACAAUAUUUAUUGUAAUCAUGUUACUGAUGAGUAUUCUACUAUCAAGUUUAGUUAGAUGAGACUUUCACAACAUGUAAACUAGUGAAAUACUCAUUAAAAAAUUGCUUCCAGUAUGAUCAGUUUGUGUGUUUGCCUCAAUUAUAGUUAAUGUAAAAAAGGUUCUCUGUGAUGGCAAUGGUGAGGAAAUAUUCUUUGCAAUUGACAUGACACAAAAUCUUUAGCCCAGUCCAGAAAAACAAUUCUUUCAACCAACAACUAUGAUACUUAUUUUGAUACUAACAAAAAAUAUUGACAGCUUAUCAGGCAUGCACUGUGAAGGAUAUACACGUGAGUUAAGUCAAACUGUGUUACCACAGUCAAAAAAAAUGAUGCUACUGUGUUUUACAUAACAAGUCAUCAUACAUGAUAGUUGCUCUGUUAGAUACAGUAGAAUGGCACACUAUAUGAAAUAAAUUUUGAACUUGAA